AUGAAACAGGCCAUGUCAUCUCCCUUGAUCUCCAUAGCCCAGAUUCUUCUGAGGUCUUGCAAGUAUCUUGACUUGAGUACUGGUAAAGGCUUUCCCCUUAAGGCCAGCAACCUUGAUUGGCUUUCGGGUCUCUCUUCACUGAAAGUCCUUGAUCUGAGUGCUAUAUAUCUUAGCGAUGUAGUUAACUGGCUAGAUGCAAUCAAUAUGCUACCUUCUUCAGCAGAGCUGCGUUUAGUCUCUUGUCAACUUCAUAACCUUCCACAAUCUUUGCCAUCUUUGAAUUUUUCUUCUUUGGAAAUCUUUGACCUAUCCUACAAUAGCUUUUAUUCCAUGAUUCCGAAUUGGUUGGUUGAAGUUAGACAUACACUUCGUCUUCUUAAUCUCACAACCUGCUGGUUGCAAGGUUCCAUUCCCCAUACCAUUGUGAAUUUUACACCUCUUGCUGUGCUUGAUUUCUCAUACAACAACCUCACGGGUUUUAUUCCACAUGAUUUUGGGAACAUGACAUCUCUGGUGGUGCUUGAUUUCUCAUACAAUAAUCUCAAGGGUUCUAUUCCACAUGAUUUUGGGAACAUGACAUCUCUUUCUGUUCUGGAUCUUUCAUCCAAUUAUCUUGAAGGCCCAUUACCAGCAACCCUAGGUCUGAUUCAGGAAUCAAACUUCAAACAUUCACCAUUGCAAGAACUCCGUCUUUCCUACAAUUACAACUUGAAUGGGUCUUUGGAAAGAAUCCUUCCUCAACUUUCAGAAUUAGUUAUCCUGGAUGUUGCUGGGAAUUAUUUGGAUGGUGUCAUCACUGAAGCUCAUUUUCAGAAUUUCAGUAGAUUGAAGGUACUUGACUUGUCUGAGAACCCAUUAAUUUUAAAUGUAAGCUCAAACUGGAUUCCUGAUUUUCAACUUCAGUCCAUAAAUUUGUUUUCUUGCCAAAUAGGUCCACGAUUUCCCCACUGGCUCCAAAACCAAAAGAGGAUUUUGAAACUUGAUAUGUCUAACGCAAGUAUAUCAGCCACUGUACCUGAUUGGUUUUGGGAUAUUUCUUCAUCAAUGAAGCAUUUGGAUCUUUCUCAAAACCAGCUAAGGGGUGGAUUACCCAAUUUAUCAUCAAAAACAAGUUUGAUGACACUGAAUUUAGGUGAAAAUGAAUUUGGGGGUCACCUGCCCCAGUUUCCCCCAACAAUACAAAGAAUAUCAUUAUACAACAAUCAAUUUUCAGGAUCAAUUUCUCAAAUAUGUGAUAUGAUGAAUGAAAGUAAUACAUUACUCUAUCUUUCUUUGCCUGGAAAUGUUCUAUCAGGAAGCCUUCCAGAUUGUUGGACAUAUGGGAAAAUUUUGGUUCAUCUUAAUUUAGGAUCCAAUAAAUUGUAUGGCCAAAUCCCUGAGUCAAUUGGCCAUCUAAUUAAUCUCAAAAUGUUGGUUUUGAAUAAUAAUAGCCUUUCUGGAGAGAUACCUCAAUCGCUGCAGAACUGUAGACGUUUGGUUUUCCUGGAUCUUGGGAACAAUGAACUAUCUGGGAGCAUACCAACUUGGUUGGGAGAAAGUUUAGGGAAUCUGCAGGUUAUUUCGUUAUACCACAAUGCUUUCAAAGGAAUUAUACCAUUGCAGCUUUGUCAAUUGAGACACCUGUAUUACUUGGUCCUCUCUUCCAAUUCGCUAUCAGGACCAAUUCCACAGUGCAUCGAUAAUUUUAAAGAAGCUGAACCUUCUCUUCAUGAAGAUUAUGCUUCAUAUACAAAGGAUGAACUAAAAAGCCAGAUGUGGACAGGGUCACUAGUUACUUAUGGUCCUUCAUAUAAAGGCAUGGAUCUUUCAUAUAAUAUGGCAUAUAAGAGGAUAGAUCUUUCACAUAAUAUGCUAAGUGGGGAGAUCCCAAGAGAAGUUACAACCCUAACUGGAUUGAAUUAUCUGAAUCUUGCCAACAAUUCUCUGACGGGAGCUAUUCCUUGCGAUAUUGGGGCCAUGAAAUCGUUACAUUAUCUAAAGCUAUCAAGGAACCAGCUUUCUGGCACCAUUCCUCCCAGCAUUACCGAUCUACUUGAUCUUGAAUUGAAUUUGUCAUAUAACAAUUUGUCAGGGAAAGUUCCUUCCCCUAAUAAUUUUAGUGCAUAUGCAUUCAUUGGGAAUCAUAACCUGUGCGGUCCUCCACUUGCAAGGAAUUGCUCUGUAAAUGAUUCAUUUGAAGAAACAGAAUGUAGCACUAACAGGAACUCAAAAGGCCAAAAUGAUGGAAUUCAAGAAAAGGAACAUAGGCAUAGAUUCGAGGAAAAGCCUUCAUUCUACAUCAGUGUGGCUAGUGGAUUUGUUACAGGGUUUUGGGGAUUUUGGGCUACUUUAGUCUUCAACGAGUCAUGGAGGCAUGCCUACUUCCGUUUCUUGGGCAACAUGGGUGACAAAAUAUACGUGUUUGUGGCAGUUACCACGGCUAGGCUGCGAAGGAAAUUUCAGAGGGAACAAGCUGUUGAGUAA